CCUCACUUCAUAAUAUUCUGUGCUGUUUUGUGUCUAAUCACAAGUUUUAUGUCAGACUAUGGUAAAAGGUGUUUCAUGUGCGGCGUAAUUUCAUAUAGUUUAUAAAUUCAUCUUCAACCAUGAGUACUCUUACACAAGAUGACAAGCAAAACAUCAGAGAAGUUUGGACGAAAGUCUUUGAAAACGCAGAAGAAAACGGAAAAGUAGUUGUUAUACGGCUAUUCCUAGACCACCCAGAAACCAAGAAGUAUUUCAAGAACUUUCAAAAUAUCGCCACCGAGGAGGAACUGGAGAAGAACGCCCGUGUUAAACUCCACGGAAAGAGAGUCAUGAAUGCACUCAACCAGGUCGUUGAGAACAUGGAUGACUGGGGAGCAGUGGUUGAAAUCCUUACCCCGCUGGCAGAGAGGCAUAAAGACGUGCACAAAGUGGGGGUUCACAAUUUCAAGCUUUUGUUUGAAGUGAUUAUUAACGUUUAUAUAGAUGCUUUGGGAGCCUCCUUCACACCCCCAAUCUGCGAAUCUUGGAGGAAAGUCUUCAAGCUCCUUUUUGACUUCCUUGAAGCUUUCUACACAACCAGUGAGUCGUAAGACUGGCCCCCUCUGAUUAAUAAUAUGAUCUCAUUUACACAUUUUUCAGUUAAUAAUAUUUAGUACUGUGUUUGUUUUAUUUAGUGUAGUCUAUACAUUGGAACAGUAGCUUGUAAUUAUGAUUUUUUUUUUUCAAAUAUUUUAUUCAUAUAAAAUAGAUAUAUUAACUAGCUAAGCGCUUAGUGCACUGGCCCUAAACAUCUGUUUUUUCCUGUUGGUGUCUGUUUGCCAAAUAUUGCAAUAUACUGUACUACAAUUUUACAUACAUGGAGGAGUAAGCCAGUGUGAUAUUUUUCAUACAAAGACAUACAGUUUUUGCCAUGUGUAUUUCUAAAUAUUUGGGCAGAGUGAUUGUAUUAUAUCAUUAUAAUUACGUUUUACUUUACUAACCAGCACCCAUGUGUACUAUGUACUAUACUUUUGCAUUAGAUGAACAUUGACAACAUUAAAUAUGGGCUUUUUGAAUGUUAACAUGCGUUUUAUAUGCAUUCUAUCAUAAUGCAAAGCUAGCAUGUUCGUAGUAUAGCCUUCUGUAGAACAGAUGGACACUGGUCCAUAGAGUAGUGCUGUGAUACUUGUUACUGCUUGUUGUAGUAACUGGUAUAUAUAACUAUGAAGACUUUGGUGUCUGCAUGACUGUCACACAUCCUGUGAUAUAAAACCAAACUCAGAGUAACUUUAAACAAAACAAGAACUGCCUCAGGGAUGUAUUGCUUUAGGAAUUGUUAGUACAAUACAGUACAGUAUGGAUUAUAUUCUGACUUGAUGCACCAUACUCUUUUUUUAAGAUAAUAUUUUAAACUGUGGCAACAAUAUUCAAUGUUUUGUGUGUCUCAUAAAAUAUUAUACAUACAUAUUUUUAGUAAUUUGGAUUUUUUUGAUGUCAUUAUUUGCAGAUCUUAAGAUAUUAAAGCAUUGUAAACUUAAAA